AUGCCGCCCAUCGAUUGGAGACUCGAGUAUGCAAAACAAGAACUCGAGCUCGAGAAACGCUUUCCAAUUGACGGGAUUGACGAUGGUUAUUCAAUGGCUCAAGUUUUCGAACGGGCAGAACAACGCGAAUAUGCGCUAGAACUGCUAGAGGUACUGCAACAGAUCGAACACCACUUUUUGGAGAUCCGUGCUCGGCGUGAGGUCAGACGCGCUGUUCGAAAGGCCGCCGCUCUAGAGGGUGAAUCCGGUUGGCUCGCUCGCCUUGUGCAUGCCCUCCAGCUCAGACUGAGGGAUCUGUUACAUCGUGACGCACUGUCAUCACGAUCCGAGGUUAACUCCCGAACGCAGCUGAUGUCUGAGAACGAUAUUGCAUUACAGGAGAUGCCAGACCAGAGAAGUGACGCGGGCAGUGAAGAUACCGUUAUGCCUGGCUAG